AUGGCCCACAGUCAUGUCAAGGAGUCAGACAUCUCGGUCUUGAUCGCCGCCAUACAGAGCUCGGUCGGUCCCAUCCAGGUCGACGCCGAGAAGGUCGCCAAACAACUGGGCAUGAGCCUGUCCAGUAUUCCUCCCAAGUUUACUGCGAUCCGCAAACGGUACAACAUCGACAUCAAGGUCGUCAACUCUGGCGCUCUCCAGAGAAAUCGACCAAGUAGCCCGAAGAAGAGGCAAUCUGUCGGCGCUCACAAAGCGAUCAGAUGUGUCAAGCUGGAGGCACAACCCGUCGACGCACCGGCUUUCGACUUGCCAAUGGAGGCUUGUCCGCAACAGCCUUGUGCUCAAGACCAUUUUCAGCAGGAUCAAUACCAUUUAUAGUGGCUGGCUAGGAAUUGAUUAGAGAGAUA